AUGGAUAUGCAGCCACUUAAAACUUGGCUCAAACAAGCGGCGUUCUACGACGCCUCCCCUGCGAGCCCUGAAGUUGCUGAGGUUGCUGAGGUUGCUGAGGCCAUUGAGGUCACUGAGGCCACCAAGGUUGCCGUGCCAAAGACCGACCCAGUCACAGCACUUGAGAACUACAUCAUCGCCGGGGCCAUGAAAAAGGCGGAAGAGGCGGAAGAGAAGAAAAAGCGCGCCGAGAACAAUGUGCCGGCUCCUCCCACAGUUUGCCUAAAGAGAAAGAGGGCCGCCAAUGAAGACCCCUCAGAAACUGCUCCUAUCGCCUCGACGCAACCUGAUCUCGCUCCCUCCCCUUCGGUCCGGGUCCCUAUGGCCUCGAUGGAGCCUGGUCUCCCCCUCUCCACUUUGAUACCCGAUCCAAUCGCCUCGACUCAACCUGGUCUCUCUCAAUUCUCUUCGGUUCCGGCUCCCAACCAGCUCAUCAUGCCUAGUAUGGAGGCACCCUCGCUCACAUUUGAAUCUGCACCGGUUCCUGCUCUUCCUAUGCGCCCGUUUCCAGCCCCGGCUCAGACCCAGCAACCAAACAUAACUGCGGACGUCUCUAAUGCAUGGGGUACUGGAGGACUGCCGACAAUCCCAGCCGUGGACCUUACGAUGCUAAACAGCAUCGCCAAUCCUAUUGGAAACGGAUAUGACACUAGAAAUGGAUAUUGCACUGCCUAUGGGUAUGGAAUUGUCAACGGAUUUGCCAAUGCCAACGGAAAUUUCAUCGGAAACGACAGUAGCAGCAACGGACUUGGAUUUACCAAUGGAUGUGUCACUGGAAACGGAUCUGUCCUGAUUUCAACUGCGAACCCUCCAAUGCUGAGCAACAAUAUCAACCCUGUUGGUAACGGAUAUGGCACCACCAAUGGGCAUGGCACUAUCAACAACUUCAACGUCGGCCCAAAUCCGGCCCCUUCUCAGCAGGCAACCCAGCAAGGUGCCGUCCAUAAUCAUCACAGGCACCCUCAAACCCAACAACAACCGGGCCCUAAUAUCACCGGGCCGAACAAUGGCGAACCCGGACAGGCCAAGUGUCCCCGAGGGAAAUGUGCCGCCCAUCGUCAAAAACACCCUCAUAUCCAACAACAACCGGGCCCUAAUACCACCGGGCAGCCCGGACAGGCCGAGGGUCCCCGAUUGAAUCACGGGACCAACGCCAUUCCACGCAACAGCUGUAUGGAAACUGCAGAACAUACAGCAAAGAUCUGUAAUUUAGUCCAACGCAUGGCUCAAGAAAUUGCAGAGCUCAAGGAAAAGGUUCAGCGCCAGGAUAUGAUGAUCGAAACGAUGCAGAAUAUCAGCACCGCCGCAACAAGCCCCGCCACAGACUGUUCUUAG